AUGAACACUCUUCAUUCCCCUAUUUCACUCUUUCUCUUCUCAUGCUUCCUUCCUCUUCUCUUGUCUUUUUCACCUCCUCAAACUCAUCUCCCAACGCAAUGUCUUGAUGACCAGAGAUCUCCUCUCACGCAAUUGCAACAUCAUCUUUACUAUGCCCCUAAUUUUACUUUCUCUUCCAAAUUCGAGCUUUGGGAUCCCAACACUGAUUGUUGCUCUUGGGAAGGAGUUACUUGUGAUGCUUAUGGUCAUGUCAUUGGUCUUGAUCUUAGUUACAAAAACCUUUCAGGCAGCUUUCACUCCAUAUUCAAUCUCCAUCGUCUUCGGCGCCUUAAUCUUGCUGGAAACUACUUUAAUACCACUCUGUUUUCAUAUGGGUUUGACAAACUCCAAAAUCUAACCCAUCUCAAUCUUUCAAGCUCAUGUUUCCAUGGCCAAAUUCCAGUGGAAAUCUCAUACUUAACGAGGUUAGUCUCUCUUGACCUAUCGAAUCAAGAUUCUUGUUAUCUGCGAUACUACACCAUUAUCGACCCAUACAAUUUCAUGUACAACUAUUAUGAACUACAUCCUGAACUUCAACAGCCUCUUAAAUUAGAGAAACCAAACUUCAAGACAUUAAUCAAGAAUUUGAGGUUUCUCACAGAGCUUUGUUUGGAUAGUGUGGACAUUUCAACUCAAAGUGCUAAAUGGUGUGAAACCACAUCUCUUGUACUUUCCAACCUGCGUGUGUUGAGUCUAUCGUCCUGCGGUUUGAAAGGUCCAUUAUGUUCUUCACUCUCAAGACUCUCUUUUCUUUCCAAACUUAUCCUUGAUGGGAACCCAAUAUCUUAUUUACCUCCCAAUUUCUUGGUAAAUUCCUCUUGUUUGGUUUCUCUUAGUUUGAGUGAUUGCAAUUUGAAUGGGCAUUUUCCAACCGGAAUUCUCUUAUUGCCAAAAAUUCAAAGCAUUGACAUUUCAGGCAAUGACCAACUUAUGGGUCAGUUGCCAGAAUUUCCAGCAAACAAUGCUUUACAGAGUUUGUCGCUUUCUCAUACAAAUUUCAGUGGAAAACUACCCCACUCAAUUGGUAAUCUCAAGUUCCUGACAUAUUUAGAGCUUUCUUAUUGCAAUUUUUUUGGACCCAUUCCAUCGUCAAUUGCAAAUCUUAGUCAGCUGGUCAACCUAUAUCUAGGGGGGAACAAGCUUUCUGGAUCAAUACAUUAUUCUUUAUUCACUCUUCCAUCAUUGAAGACCCUGUAUCUUGGAGAAAAUCAAUUGGUUGGGAAAAUCGAUGACUUCCCCAAUGCAUUUUCUUCUUUUAUUGAAGAAUUAUAUAUAGGCAAUAAUUAUUUAAUAGGACCAAUCCCAAAGUCAGUCCUUCAACUUCCAUGGCUUGAAUGGCUUUAUAUUGAAGGCAAUAGCUUUAGUUUUAUGAAGCUUGACAUGUCUGUCCGACUGAAUAACUUGAGGGAUCUGAUGUUGUUCAACACAAGCUUGUUAAUUGAAAGCGACAACAGAAGUCUUACUUUUCCCCAAUUAGAGAGACUAAGCUUAAGGUCGUGCAACCUUACUGAAUUUCCAGAAUUCAUUAAAAGACAAGACAAGUUGGGUUCUCUAGAUCUUUCUAACAACCAUAUCCAUGGUUUUGUGCCCAACUGGUUGUGGAAGAGCAAUCUUUCAUUGGUAGACCUUUCUUUUAAUAUGAUUGAUUUUCCAAAACAGCUUCCCUUAAGUGAUGCAAACUUCUCUUUCCUAAUGUUAAAAGAAUUAUAUUUGGCCUCAUGUAACAUAGGUUCAUUUCCAGAGUUCAUCAAAACACAAGACAAGUUGGUUGACUUAGAUCUUUCUAACAAUCAUAUCCAUGGUGUUGUGCCUAAUUGGUUGUGGAAGAGCACUCUUUCAUGGGUAGACCUUUCUUUCAAUAUGAUUGAUUUUCCAAAACAGCUUCCCUUAAGUGAUGCUAACUUCUCUUUCCCAUUGUUGAAAACAUUAUAUUUGGCCUCAUGUAACAUAAGUUUAUUUCCAGAGUUCAUCAAAACACAAGACAAGUUGGUUGACUUAGAUCUUUCUAACAAUCAUAUCCAUGGCGUUGUGCCUAAUUGGUUGUGGAAGAGCAGCCUUUCAAGGGUAAACCUUUCUUUCAAUGUGAUUGAUUUUCCAAAACAGCUUCCCUUAAGUGAUUUAAACUUCUCUUUUUCAAUGUUGAGGGAAUUGUAUCUGGAUUCUUGUAACAUAAGCUCAUUUCCAGAGUUCUUAAAGAGUCAAGAAAAUUUAAAAUAUCUCAAACUCUCAAAUAAUAAAAUAAGUGGUGCAAUACCAAACUGGGUGUGGAAGAAAAAUUUGCGGUAUCUGUUUCUUGCUAACAACCAUCUCUCAUCUUUGGACCAACUUCUACCCAAUCAGAGUUCAACUUCUUUACAGGGCUCUUUCUAUUUCGAAGCAUCUUAUAACAAUUUGAGUGGCCCAAUUCCAAAUUGGUUAUGCAAUAUGAGUCAACUUAGCGCUUUCUAUGCAUCUUAUAACAAUUUCAAUGGCCCAAUUCCAAAUUGCUUGGACAAUAUGAGUCAACUUUACACUUUCGAUGCAUUUUAUAACAAUUUGAGUGGCCCAAUUCCAAAUUGCUUGGGCAAUAUGAGUGCUAUGAGUUGGUUGGGUUUGCAACGAAAUAACUUCAGUAGAAUGUUACCAAAAUUUUCAAAAACAACCCAACUGCAGUUUCUCAAAGUUAGUGAGAAUAGAUUGGUAGGGAAGUUGCCCAGAUCAUUAGCAAAAUGCACUCAACUUCUGGUUUUGGAUGUUGGAAGCAACAUGAUAAAUGAUACAUUCCCUUUUUGGUUUGGUAAAUUGCCUGCGCUGAAGUUUUUUGGUGAACUAUCCAUUGAUUUCCUUCAAGCCACUCGACUAAGGUCACUCAAAAUAGGUGGGAAUAAAUUGGAAGGGAAGCUGUCGAGAUCAUUAGCCAAUUGCACAGCACUUGAGGUUCUGGACCUUGGAAAUAAUAUGGUUCAUGAUACAUUCCCAUUUUGGUUAGAGAAGCUACCUUCCUUGAAGGUUCUUGUUUUGCAAGGAAACAGAUUCUAUGGCACAGUUUCAAAAAUCGACACGGAACUUGGGUUUCCAAAGCUACGCAUAUUGGAUAUUGGUUCCAAUCAUUUUUCAGGUGACUUGUGUUGGGAAGAAAACGAACAACCGAAACAAAGCGAAAGCAUAACCGGUGUUCUUUCUCUCCCUAUAACUCCUGUCAAAAUUUAUGGCAAGCACAAUAGCACAAAAUAUGUUCUCUAG